AUGUUCAGCAGCAGCAAGAUCUUCGCGAUGUGCAUCGCCGCCGUCGCCGUGUGCAGCGGGGUGCAGGCCGAGCAAGAGGCGGCCGAGGUGGCCGAGACGUUCGGUCUGCUGGGCCUCGGUCUGCUGGGCCACGGCGUCGGCGUCGGCGUCGGAGUCGGAGUUCCGGGUGUGGCCAGCGUGGGCGUCGGCGGCUAUGGUCCGGGUGUCGUGAGCCCGGGUGUGAGCGUGGGCGUGCCGGGCGUGGCGAGCGUCGGGGUCGGCCUCCCGGGUGUCGGUGUCGCGCCCUCCGUCGGCGUUGGCGCUCCUGCAGGGGUUACCGUCGGCGCGCCGGCGACCGCCGUGACCGACGGAGGCGCCUAUGCACCAGCCACUGCGACUGCCAACGCGGGCGCGCCUGCCGCUGCCAAUGCGAACGUUAACGCGGGCUCUCCUCCUGCCAGCAACGGAAACGCGGUUGCCAAUGCCAACGCGGGCUCUCCUCCUGCCUCCAACGGAAACGCGGUUGCCAAUGCGAAUGCCGGCUCGCCUCCCAGCUCGGUUAGCACUGCGAACGCCAACGCCGGUGCGCCUCCCAGCUCAGUUAGCACUGCGAACGCGAACGCCAAUGCUGGAUCACCGCCCAGCGCCGUUAGCACUGCGAAUGCCAACGCGAACGCUGGCCCCGGCGGUAGCGGUGGCCCGGGCAGGACGACCACGACCACGGUGACCAGCAACGAUGGCACCACGUCUGCGUCCACUUCGAAGACUGUCAGCAGUACUUCGACAAGUACGACUGCGACCGCGAAUGCAAAGGGUGGUGCGAGCGUUGGCCCGGGCCCAAGCAGCGGCAGCCCGAGCGGUGGUAGCCCGAGCGAUGGACCGAGUGGCAGUCCGAGCGGCGGCAAGACGGGAACCGGCGCUGCCAACGCGGCGGCGCAGAAGGCUUACCGCAAGCUCCGCUCGGUCGAAUAA